AUGGGUAGUGGUAGGGAGAGAUGGAUUGAACACUACAGUAGCGCACAAGAGAUAUUGCUGGUUGGUGAAGGAGACUUUUCAUUCUCUGCUUGUUUAGCUCGAACCUUUGGCUCUGCUUGCAACAUGGUAGCAACUUCUCUCGAAUCUCAAGGUUCUUUAAGGGCCAAACAUAGGAGCUGUUUGUCACACUUGAGUGAGUUGAAGAGGAGAGGGUGCUUGGUGUUGCAUGAUGUUGAUGUGUAUGAGAUGGACCUCCAUCCCGCUCUGCAAUGGAGGAAAUUUGAUGUCAUCAUCUUCAACUUUCCUCAUGCAGGCCAUUUCCCCUGGCUACGUGAAAGAAACCCUCAGCUCAUUCAAAUGCACAAGAACUUGUUGAAAGCCUUCUUCGAAAAUGCCCGUGGGAUGCUGAGGGAAGGCGGGGAAGUUCAUGUUGCAACCAGAGAUGACUACCCGUAUAACAGAUGGAAUGUGGAGGAACUUGCAGAGGAAGCAGGCCUGGUUUUGAUGGAGAAAGUGUGGUUCAAAAAAUCGGACUACCCGGGUUACCAGAACAAGAGAGGGGGUGACAUCAAGAGCAACAAAACGUUUCGUCUCAGAAAUUGUUUCACCUUCAAAUUUGCUCUGCAACAAUAUGAGUAUGACUACACUUGUGAUGAAAUGUCUGUUUGCAGCGACGACUAUUAA